AUGGCGUUCGUUUGUGUGAACGCUGUGCUCAUGAGUGGUAGAGGCACUUGGAUCACAGCAAGGUGCGAUUGGACAGUUGGGGAACUUAAGCGACAAGCGCAAAAUUCAUUGCAAACUGGACGUGGCAUCUUGGUCAACCAAUCCGGCGAGUUCCUGCGCGACGAAGAAAACCUUCUCGAUGCUGGCGUGAAGAUGGGUGACGUCGUCUCCCUCCAUUUGAGGGAAGUGCAUAUCGCUGCUACAACCAAUGCAUUUUGUGCUGUCCUAGGCGACGGACGUGUCGUGUCAUGGGGUGAUUCGAAGUAUGGCGGUGACUGUAGCUCGGUCAGCAAGCUGUUGAAAGACGUGAAGCACAUUGCCGCUUCGUUUGCUGCCUUCGCUGCUGUCCUUCGCAACGGAUCUGUGGUUGCUUGGGGGAACUCGGGUUUCGGGGGCAAUAUUGGCCCCGUGGCACACCAGCUGGGCAAUGUGGAGCGAAUCAUAGCUUCAUGUGGCGCCUUUGCUGCCAUGUGUGCGGAUGGAUCCGUCGUGACUUGGGGGCACGGCAGCCAUGGCGGCAACAGCCGAGCGGUCCAGCACCGGCUCCGGAAUGUUCAAGA